AUUGAUCCUUCCUAGUUCCCAACUCAUUUUCCCUACCGUUAACAAACAUUUCUGCAAGCUCACUCAGUUAAACAAUGGCAUCGACAAUAUUUCUCAAGUCUCGUAACUUCACAGCAACAUUUCUACUGUGUAGACCGUACUGUUCAACAGUCACGAACAGUAGAAACCUCUUCUCCAGAAUCAGCCCUCUCGGAGACCCCUCUAUCAGCGUUUCUCCCAUUCUCGAAAACUGGCUUCAAGAAGGUAACACUCUCAGUGCCCAACACCUUCAGUGUAUCAUCAAAACGCUACGCAACCGCAGACGAUUCCAUCAAGCACUUGAGGCUUCUGAAUGGAUGAGUAGCAAAGGGCUAUGCACAAUUUCACCAACUGACCAUGCCGUGCAACUAAAUCUUAUUGGUAAAGUUUGUGGACUAGAUAGUGUGGAAAGCUAUUUCCAGAAUUUAAGUGAUAGAGAUAAAACUAAAAAGGCUUAUGGUGCUCUUUUGAAUUGUUAUGUGAGAGAAGGAUUAGUUGAUAAGUCACUCUCCCUGAUGCAGAAGAUGAAGGAUAUGGGUUUUGUUUCUGCUCUCGAAUACAAUAAUAUUAUGUGUCUUUACUUGCAAUCCGAGCAAUAUGAGAGAGUCCCCAGUGUUUUGGCACAGAUGAAAAAGGAUGGUGUUGCUCCAGACAGUUUCAGCUAUAGGAUUUGCAUAAACUCUUACGGUACGAUGUCUGAUCUUACGAGUAUGGAGAAACUGUUGGAAGAAAUGGAACAGCAAAGCCACGUUGGAUCAGAUUGGAUCGCAUACUCUAUGGUGGCUAACUACUACAUCAAAGCAGACAUGAAAGAGAAAGCUUUGAUCUACCUGAAGAAAUGUGAGGAUAAAGCAAGCAAACACAAUGCGGUUGCAUACAAUCAUCUCAUUUCGCACUAUGCAAGUCUUGGAAACAAAAGAGCCAUGAUGAGAUUGUGGAAACUUCAGAAAGUUAACUGUAAGAAGCAACUUAACAGAGAAUAUAUAACCAUGUUGGGUUGUUUGGUGAAGAUUGGGGACCUUGACGAAACUGAAAAGUUACUUUUAGAGUGGGAGUUAUCUGGUAAUUUUUAUGAUUUCAGGGUUCCAAACAUUCUUUUGAUUGGAUAUUCGAAAAGAGGGUUGGUUGAAAAAGCAGAAACGAUGUUGCGAAGCAUGAUUGACAAACAGAAGAAUCCUACUCCAAACAGCUGGGCGAUCAUCGCUGCUGGAUAUGUUGCGAAGGAGAACAUGGAGAAGGCAUUUCAAUGUAUGAAGGAAGCUAUGGCUGUAGAAGCUCAGAAUAAAGGUUGGAGACCAAAAAGUAAUCUUAUUUCCAGCAUAUUGAGUUGGGCUACCAAUAACAGAGAUUUAGAUGAAGUAGAAGAUUUUGUUAAUUCAUUGAAGACUGUGAUUUCAAUGAAUAGGGAUAUGUAUUUGUCCUUGAUCAAGAUGUAUGUUAGAUGUGGUAAAGAAGUAGAUAAGAUAUUAGAGAGUAUGAGAACUGAUAAUAUAGAGCUUGAUGAAGAGAUAGGGGAAAUAGUAAACUCAAGAUUGCAAUAAUAUUGGUUUUUUAUUUAUCUCCA